AUGCAAUCUCAAGCUGCACCCGUAUCGAGCUUGAGUGUAAACAAUCUGGCGCUCGCCACGGAAGUGACGGAACGGGUAGUAGCGACUGCCCUGCCUCCUGCCCCCGGAGUCGCUGCCCCUCCAACUAAGUCCGACAUCUCUGGAAACGUUCCUCUGGCAACGGAAACAACCCAACAAGCUCCUGCUUCACAGCCUGCUACGUCGCCCAUCGGUCCGCCUUUUUCUACGACAUCGCUCGUUGCGCCUGUCAAUACUCAGCCGUCUUCCGCCCUUGGCGCGUCCGUCGCUUCGGCCGCUGAAACGCAGGGGCAACCUACCACCACCCUACAGACAUCUACCGCCUCAGUCUCCGGCGCUGCUUCUGAACCCCCUCCGCCCGUGCCUUCUUCUUCCUCAUCAUCGAACUCCACCCCGCCGUCUUCCACCCAAACCUCUACCUCUGAUUCCGUGCCGGGUCCUUCGGGAUCAGCUUCCCCUCCCCCUCCGUCUGCUCAGAGUACUUGGACUUCAUCUACCACUAGCAAUUGGGAUUCGACGACGAGCUGGUGGGUCCAACCUAGCUCGUCAGUUCCACCGCCCGAGAGCACUUGGACUAACACCUGGGUCGCCGCUGCCGUCGCAACGUCUGCAUCUAGUGCUAGUUCUGCGGCGGGGACAUUUGUAGACCUCAGUACGGCUGGGAGCGCUUCCUCCAGCGCUUCAGUCGACCGCCUGUCGAGCGAAUCGCUCUUAGCCAGCGCCGUACCUACAACAUCCCGAGGCUCCGCUACGAACCUCGUCACUGCCUCUACCGGUGCCCCCAACUCUGGUUCUGGAAGGAACGCUACAAGUGCGGGAGCGGAGGGUGGGGAAGAUGGGACUACUUCCAGUACCAAGGGUGGGAUGAAUGGGGGUGUCGUCGCCGGAGUGGUCAUUGCGCUUCUAGUGCUGCUGGGAGUGGGGUGGGUUCUGUGGAUGAGAAAGAAGAGAAAGGCUGUCAACGGCAGCGAAAACGAACCGUUCUGGAACCGCUUCUUCGGGAGGACCGAGUACGAUCAUCCUCUCGAGGAAAAGGGCUACGACAGGCAAGAAGACGAUGCCGUCGCAUUCGGAGACGUUAUGGCGAGCCGCGGCGAGAAGAAGAGCAAGUCUGGCAACGAUGAAGAUGCCGCGAGCUCGUUCUACAUUCCUUCGAAAUCUACCAAGCCAAUCGAAAGCCAGUACUUUGGGUCGGGAGAUUCCCCGUUGGAACCCCCUCGUAGAAUAUCGGACGGUUACGGACUUCGAUCAGACCAGAGCAGCUGGUUGGGCCCGCCUCCUGGAGCGCAAGCUGUUGCACCCUCACAAAAUCAGCCCCACAGCUACCCGCAGCCAUCGAUGGCUUAUGGGCCGCCUCCGGUACCUGUCAUGCCGAGCUACCACGCUGCACAGAACCAGUCUUCGAUGUCAGUAGGCAGACAAUCAAUCGCACCAGGUGGAUACGGCAAUCAGGUCGGGUACAACGCCCCAAGCAAUGAGGUACUACGGGAUGAGUCUAUAACGACCAAUGGUGGACCACAGACUGGUCGAGAAUCGUUGAGCUCUUACUACAGCAGCAGUGACGCGGAGACGAUGGCCGACAAGAAGCGCAGCGUCAUCGAUUCCAUCUAUUCUACGUGGGGCAACGCUUCCUCGGUAGGGGGCGGAGGACGGUCUGCUGUCUCCUCGGCUUACCUCCCAUUUAGCGAUAAUCGAGGAUCUAGGAUGCCGCAGCGCAAAUCUACUUUGAAAAAGUCGUGGAAACCACAGAGUCGAGCUGCAUCGGCGGACUCUUCGCUCGGACACCAGCCGGGUCGGGGUCGGGAUGAACUUCCUCCUCAGAAUCCUCCUCCUCAGGUCGCGUUGCCUCGAAAGCCUAUGGCGGCGAUGGCAUCCACGCCUGUCGCAGUGAAGAACAAUGUCGGAUUCGGAGCCGGGGAUGCACCUCCCAUGCCGCUCGGCUGGGGCAACCAUCGAGCUUGAAACCUGAAACGUCUAAAUAUGCUUCGUUGCUUCUUUUCGCCACGUUCCUCGUGCUGUCAUGUAAUAUUGCCCCUCUCCGAUACCACACCAC